CUUGAAAAAAGCUCCAUUGAGGAGCUGAAACGUCGCUUUGAAUUUUGACAUGAAGGAAUAAAAUUUUUUACACUUUUUUGCAAUUUUCGAGUGCUGCGCCAUUGUUUUCUAUUACAUGGACUUUGAUCGAGUCAGGGCGCUGGCACCGGACAUCUAAUGGUGAAGUAGUGCUGCAUUGUUUUUGAAUAUAUGUCUAUGAUUUGUUUGCUGGCACACAGUCAAUUAUGGAGGGUGAUUUAAAUGAAGUUAUACCUCAUGUCUCAUCAUAUGCUGAAGGAGAAGUUAACAGGAUUCUGAAUGGCGUAAAGGGUGAUGCUGCCUUUCUAGCAGUACCUGCUAUUGUUGAUGUGAAAAGAAAUUUCGAGUAUGAAUCCAGGAGAGUUAUUAUGUUGGAGCUACAUUUAGUGACUUUGGGCGAAUAUUACAAAUGCAAAAGGAUACCCAGAGGUAUGCGGUCACGGUUAAGGCCUACAGUUUUCUCAGAGAAUCUGGAGUUUAAAAAGAUGUUUGAAUCAAUUUCUGACCGGUAUGCUUUGGACAUUAUUUUACUUAAUUUGGAUUUUUUGCAAAAGGAUUUGUGUGCUGCCAAGGAGAAAUUAAGAGAAGUUGAGAUGAAUCUGGGAACCAUGUUGUCAGGAGAGGAGCUUGGUGCUUACAUGGAAAAAACCAAAGGUUUUUUGGAAAAAUUUAAGAAUGAUACCAUGGACAUUAAAAAGAAAAAGUGGCAUAGAGAUCUAGGGGAUUACAACAGAGGUCGUGUAUACACUUGGAACUAUAAUGAAUACAACAAUGGCAACACACAAGGAACAACACCUAGACGUGGGAGAAAAAAUAAGACUCAACAUGAACAUGUUAUUGAUCAAUCUUCUUUUUUAGUGAAGGACGGACUAAUGGAGGAUUCUCCUCCCAACAUUUCUACAAGAAACCAACCCGAAGGGGUGGGCGCAGGAGACACAGGGGCCGCAAAAACCAGAAGCCAGAAACAAGGCAAGAUUCAAUUUGCCCGACAACAGAAGAAAAAGACAUAAGCUCGCCUGAAACUGUGAUCUUGAUACAAGAAAUUAAGUGGAUAUCAUGUGAAGGAGGACGCCACUCGCUCUGUUUAAUACUGUCUAAAUUGCAUUAAUAAUAUUAUAUGUGGGAG